UACACAAAUUCUAAAGACAGACCGGGUCACGGCGCGGUGGUAGGGAUUUGGCAGUUAAAGACUUGAAGCUAAGGCACGCAUAAGGGUAUUGGUGAAGAAAAUAAGAUUAGGGUUUAAGCAAAACUAAUUGAGAGAGAGAGAUGGGAGCCAAAGGAAGGAAGAGAAGGGAGAAGAACUACAGAGAAUCGCAUAAAGGGAAUACCAGACUCCCGCCCCCACCUGACCCCUCCUCCGUCGAUGCCCUCCCUUCUAAGCUCCGCAAAAUCAUGGGUUUAACAGGAGUUCAAAAGAAAUCAUCAAUAAACAGUGCAGAAGGAGGUGGGGGUGUUAAUAAGAAGCUGCAUUUGAUGAAGGGUAACACUAAAGUCUCUGAGGUCAAAAGGAAAACUAAUGGUGACAAGCCUGCAGAAAGUAAUGUCCGUGAAAUGAAAAGCAAAAAAAGGAAAAGGAAACAAGUAAAUGACCUUCGGUUUGAAUCAACUAAGGAGUUUGGUGGUGCUGGUUCAAAGAGAAAGGAGCGUAGGAAGCAGCGCUUGGAAGAGAGGAAAAACAAGCGCAAGAAGACCAGGACAGAAGAACACUUGGACUUCCCUAGGCAUGAACAAAUAAAAUUUGGGGAAGUUGUUGAUGCUCCCCCCAAGUUGGUUGCCCUCCCAAAGAUGAAGGCACUGAAGACUGCACAGGUAGCUUCACAAGAAAGGCUUCGUUUGCAAGCAAUUGAGGCCUACAGGAAUAGAAAAGGAUGGACAUCAAGGCCAGGGAUUCAGCUCCCUCCACCCUUGACUACAUCGCCAUCAGUAUAGUUGUCUGACACAGACCAAUGUUUGGGCAUCUAGGCCAGGAUCAGUCCCUCCCCACCCCUCACCCCCGAGCUGAUACAAGCUAACUCAAUGGAUAUACCAUGAUUCUAAGGCUCUAUAUUUGUACCAACACUAAAAUUGAAGUCUGAAGCUACAAUCCUUAUUCUUUAUGCAAUUACUACUCAAUUGAUCUUUUUCUGUUA